AUGCCUCGAUAUGAACGCAUGCUUCCUACAACGAGCCGGCAGUAUUUUAGCAGGAAACAUAUGUUUUUAGCUGACAGGGCUGCAGAGAAAGGGUGACUGAAUGGAGCAGGGCAGCUGCACAAAGGAAACAAAGGAGGAAACUGGUGUGUUUUUUUUGUCUAUUGGCCAGUGAGGCUCAGUUGUUGCAUGUGUGUGUGUGUGUUUGUGUGAGACAGCAGGAGUGCCAGGCCUCUAAUGAACCUGUAUUUUUAUGAAAACUGAAGAACAUUUGAAGAGCCAUGACACGUUCACAUCAACUAUUAGUCCUCCUUUCUGCUCUCUGCUGCURUCUAGCGGACAACGUGGAACUGCUCCGCUCCAAGCGAGGGACUCGUUUUUACAGAGGUGAGCCCGACAGGCAGCCAGCUAGACGGACGCUUUUGAUUAUUCAUGUGAAGAAGUCUUCACCUUCAUUUGACGCAUCCUUGCUGUGUGUGGACAGUGAGACGUCGGCGGUGCGUAGUUUUGGUGAAACAUGGCUGCGAUGGAAGGGACAGCGUGUGGAAUAUUGUCAUUGUGCUUCGAGAGGAAAGGAGCUUUGUCACAUCGUGCCCGUCAUCAACUGCUACGUGUCUCAGUGCUACAACGGAGGAACCUGCAAGGAGGCCCUGUACUCGUCAGAAUACGUCUGYCAGUGUCCCCCCGGCUUCAGCGGAGCUCACUGUGAGAUCAACAUGAAUGAGAAGUGCAUCGUGGGGCAGGGCGAAGGUUAUCGCGGCACACGGAGCGUCAGCCAAUCAGGAGCUGAUUGCAUCAACUGGAACUCCACGUCUCUGAGAGGAAGGAGGUUCACGGCUCGGAAAACAGACGCCAGCAGCCUUGGGCUGGGCAAUCACAACUUCUGCAGAAACCCGGACCAGGACAACUCUCCUUGGUGUUACGUCUACAAAGGCACUGAGAUCGUGUGGGACCACUGCUCCUUACCCAAAUGUCCAGAAGACAGGAACAAAGAGUGUGCGCUGGGCACAGGUCAGUUGUACAGAGGAACGAGAUCCGUCACUAAAAGCGGCUCUCGCUGUCUGCCGUGGGAUUCUCCAGCUGUCAAACGUAAAGUAAACAACGCCUGGAACUCCAACGCUGCGGAGCUGGGGCUCGGCAACCAUAAUUUCUGCAGAAAUCCAGACGGCGAUGCGGCUCCGUGGUGUCACACCUACAAAAACAUGGUUCUGACCUGGGAGCUGUGCGACGUUCCAAAAUGCUCGAGGCGUCCAUCGGUCAUCACCACUCUGGGGCCUCGUGCUCCCCCCACCAGCAACGACAACAACAGAGCAACGUGUGGCCAGCGUUUCGACAACACCCUGAAUCGCCCGGCGUUCCGCAUGUUCGGMGGCAAAGAGAGCGACAUCACGGAGCAGCCGUGGCAGGCCGCCAUCAACGUUUACCAGGCCCGUUACAGGAAACACUUCCACCGCUGCGGAGGAGUCCUCAUCAACUCCUGCUGGGUCCUGUCUGCCGCACACUGCUUCGAAAUCAGCGACAAAGCAGAAAAAUUAGAGGUGGUUCUGGGACGAACGUUUCGGAAGCAGAACUCAAGCAGCGAGCAGAUUUUCAAAGUUGAGAAAUACUGGAUCCACGAGAAGUUCGACAAUGAAACAUUUGACAACGACAUCGCUAUUCUGAAGCUGACGACAGACAUUGGCAUCUGUGCCGUGAACUCUCCAGAGGUUCGUCCAGUGUGUCUGCCUGACCGGGGGCUGGUGCUGCCCGACUGGACCGAGUGCGAGAUCUCAGGAUACGGGAAAGAUGCAGAAUUCUCUGCAGAGUUCUCUGAGCGUGUGAAAAGAGGAUACGUCCGCCUCUGGCCCAAAGAGCGCUGYGUGCCAGAGGUCCUGUCAGGACGCACGGUUACCCCCAACAUGCUGUGUGCAGGAGACACCCGAGGGCUCGAUGAUGCCUGCAAGGGAGACUCUGGUGGCCCGUUAGUCUGCAGACACAACGACAGGAUGACUCUGAUGGGCGUGAUCAGCUGGGGUGAUGGGUGCGGGCACAAGGACAAACCAGGCGUCUACGUACGGGUCACACAUUACAUCGACUGGAUCAACAGUAAAAUCCAAGCCAACCCAUUUUAAAGUCUGAAAAAACAACAACAAAGAUGCUUCUGUUGAACAAUCCUAAAACUCUGCAAGUGAACAGAGCAGUUUAUCUUUGGAACAGACAAAGAAAUCCACACCACUCGGACUGACCUGAAAGCUGAUUUUCCCUUGGAUCGAAUAAUCCAAACAGAAGGAAGUUUAAGGUCAGCGUAAAAAGAUGAAUCUCAGUCAUGAGGUUUGGGGUUUAGUGUCACUCCGUGUCCUUGACGUUUCUGCUCGUUGUGUUGAAUGAACAGAAAUACAGGCAGGCUACUCCAAAUAUUUCUACAAAAACUACCACAGACGUCGACAGAUCAGCAGAACUUUAACUCUAAGAGAGCCUUCUGUCGUCAGACACAAUGAUCCCGAGAAGAUUUGUGUUUUUCUAACCAGAAACUUUUUGUUUUUUAAAGUUUGCUUUAAGAUCAAAGCUUUGUUUUAAUCCUGAGGGGUUCCAAACCUGCAUCCAGACCACAUAAAUAAUCUGCUGGUUCAGACGCUGCUUGUUGAUUUUUUUUUUUAAAGGUGUAAAGGUACUCAUUGCAAACUGUGAAGUGAAACAUAAAAAAGGGCAACCGAACUAUGGUACAGCUGAUGUUCCAGAUUGUGAUUUUGAAAAUGCAGGUACGCACUCAAUGUAAACAAAGCACUUUUAUCUGCAUUUUUCUGACAAGUGUCACCUUAUUUUUUUAAAAACUUAUUUUAGGUUAUUUUGGCUAAUUUCUUAGGUAUUAAAGACAGGUGGAAGCUGGUAGCCGUUCACAAAAUUUGCUUGAAAAUUUUUUAUUUAAGGACACAAUAACCAUCGGUGUGAGAAAAAGAAUUGUGUGGAUUUUGUUUCUUUCUUCAUGGAUUUGCAAUGAGUACCUUUAAGAUCUCUACUUAGAUAAAGGUAGAGAAUAAUGUAGAAGCAGGAAACAACAAUUUUAAACUGUGUUUUUAAAUAAUUUAGAGAAAGACAAAAAAACGUAUUUUGUAAAUGAGUUUUCCAACUGGGCUGAUCCCAGUGAUUUUUUAUAUAGUUUCUUUUUAUUAUUAAUUGAAUUUUUAAAGAUUACAAACUGCAAACUGACUGCAAACUUGAACUGUU